AUGGCGAAGUUUGUGUUCGUGGUGCUGAGUGCGCUGUUGGUUGGAGGGGCGCUGGGCGAAGCGGCGCUCGGCAACUACUACAAGGACGUCGUGCGGGAGCAGCACGAGCUGAUCAAUGAGAUGAAUCAGAACUUCACCGAGCUGGAGAAGGCCAGCGAGAAGCUGAUCGAUUUGGGCGUGUACGUCGGCAAGCACAAGCUGCCCCCGAAGACGGUCAAAAUCACCAAGACGGUGGCGGUGAAGGUGCCAGUUCCGUUUCCGGUCAGGGUACCGGAACCGGUUCCGGUGCCCGUACCGGUGGCCAAACCCGUCCCGGUCCCGGUACCGACGCUCGUGGCAAUCCCGGUCGAAGGAUCGGCCAGCCCGACCGCCACCGCCACCACCGGCACCACCGGCACCGGAAGUCCGAGCCCGACCGCGGCCGGAACGGGCCCGGAUGCGGCACCGGCGUCCUCGCAGGCGCACCCGAGCACGGUGCAGCUUCAAGAGUACGUACACUCGUUUCCAAUACACUCUGUAUACGACGCUGGCGACGAUUACAAUCCCAUGGAAGGAAACCGUCUCGCACUAGCGAAGCACACUGCCUCCCCUACUGAAAGCACGUUCAGUAAACCAAGUCCUUCUUCACUUCAACAGUUGGAAGAGUACCAGCAACAGCACCAGCACCAGCGCCCCAGCCACGGGCCGUCCCAGCCGAAGCACUCCCGCCCAAAGCCAGCGCAGGCGGGAUCGGGUCCGGGUGCGGAACAGUACUACGCCGGAACCGGACAGUACUAUGUCGGUGGUGCUCAAGUUCAAACCGGUGCGCAUACGGCUGCAAAGCUCGGACCUCAGUCUCAUGCGCGCCCAGCGUCGACCGAGUCGUAUGGUUAUGGGGGUGGGCAAAUCCGGCAACACCACCCGACCGCGCUCACCCGUACCCCGGAUACGGUCUAUACCGCUGCGGCAGGUUUCACCGGAGGCGAAUCUGCGUCGGUUACGGCGCCGGCCGGAUCUACGGGCUACCGCUUCACCAGCGGUCAGCAGCUCCAGCGAGGACAGCCCGGAACGGCGGCGGCCUUCUCGGUUGAGCAAUACGGUCGAGGAGGAGGAGGAGGAGGAGAACGAGGUGGAUCCGGAGUCACAGGAAUCACCGGAGGAGGACGAGGAGGAGCACGAGGAGGAGGAAGUGGAGGAGGAGGAAGAGGAGAAGGACAGCGUGUCGGAGGAGGACUCACAAUCGGAGUCGGAAGAGCGCCCGAAACGGAAGCGGAAGUUGUCUCGCAAUCGUACCACAAAUACGCGGAAGCAGCGGUCAUCCAAAUCCCGAACGGCCACCACGAAGCGGCCAAAAUCCUCCCGCACUUUGAAAGCGAAAGUGAAGCGCAACUCGAAGGGCAAACGUCGGGACAAAGGAACACCCAAGGCGGACCGGAAAACGACGACGACAACGACGACGCCAAAACCCAAGCGCUCCACGAUCUCACACCACGCCCGUUCCAACUUGUUCGCGAAUCGUACGCCCGGUAUGAGAAGCCCACUUUUGGCCGCUACCAAGCCGACACCCACCAUCACGAGCACACCGUACGCACACCCCAUCACCAGCACUUCCGGCAGCACACGGAACGCCCUCACGAAGCAACCGGCGAGACGAGUAGCGGAAGCGGCACCAGCGGAAUCCCAAGCUUCGAUCACGCGCCUUUUGCCCAACCUGGCGGAACAACCGGUGCUGGUGGAACCGCCGAAUUAUCAUCCACCACCGAGACACACGGUUACACGGUACCGGGGGAACGGCCCUUCUACUCGUCGCUACCCGCCACGGGCUACCAUCAUACGCAUUCACAUCAUAAGGACACGCCGGGGCGGCAAACGGGUCAAGAUUUACGUCAUCAAACCAUCGACGACGGUGGCGCCAUUGGUGGGGCAGGGAGUGGUACCGGUGGGGCCGGUGGUACCGGAAGUGGUAGCGCCGUGGAGCCCUUUCCCUUCUACCAAGCCACCAAGGACGAUCCCCAUCUUGCUCGGGGAAGCCUCCAAUCGCUUCACACAAACAUUGCUGCCAGCGGAGCAACCUAUCAGCUUGAGCAACAGUUCGGCGGUCACGAGGAGUCCUCGUCACAGUCCGGACAUCGGGAGCACCACCAAUCCGCCGGUCACCACCACCACCACCAUCGGGAGCACGCUGGCUCGAAGUACGCGCCAAAUUACGGAACCAAGUCCGCCCUCUACAGUGUCCCUAGUGACGCUCAUCUCUUUCCCGACUACAACCCCAACGGAGGCGGUCACGACGACGGAGCGGGUGGAAAAUUCCACUACCACUUCCACAAUGUCCACCCCGUCGGAGGAGGAGCUGACCACCACGAGCCAGCAGCCAGUGAGCAUCAGUACACCGUCCACGCCGUCCAGCCCGGUGAGCAGUACGAUGUUACCGGAUCGGACGGAAGUCUCCUAAGCUCGUACGAUCCACCUGCCAGCGGCAACACCUUCCACUUUCACGAUGACGAUGGUGCGGGCGGCACCCGCGGUCACUUCCGGGCACCGUACGGGGAGGUUGGUUCCUACGAACACGUGCUUACGCCGUGA